AUGUCCGAACUCAAUAACGAUCCCAAGACAGUCAACGAGAUCUUGCCUCAGCCGCCAUCGAUCCGAAUGGACUUCAGCACGUUCGAUUCACCGCAGGAUUUCAAUGUGAGCAGCAUUUCGUUUAACGACGAUGGCAAUCGCUUCGUGACAGGAGAGCAAUUUUACAACCACGGGAUGUACGGUAGUCUCCGUAAGGGAGGCGCCAUAAAUUUUCUGUCGAUAGAGUGUCUAGGUCUUAUUGCCGCUACUUUUACCUCCAUGCUGUCAUACCAAGCACUGCUCGUGCUCGUGCAGCCUAUAUACAAGACCCAGUUGGACUUAGGCUCGACGGAGGUCAUGGCUGUCGAGCGAUUGAUCCGGAUGCCUAUGACGCUGAGUUUCCUUGUCGGUCUGUUGUCGGACUGCUACCCAAUCAUGGGUCUUCGACGUAAAGGUUACAUGAUCCUCGGUUGCAUCAUUAACGCCACCGCGGUGUUUGCUAUUGCCUGUUUAAGUGCAUAUCUCGAUAACGACUCGACCGCUAGUAAAGAAAUGGUACUGGUGCUUUCGAUGAUUUUUGUCGCUCUGGCUAGUAUCGGCUGCAUUAUCACCUACGUGUGUGUCCACACUCGAGUGAUCGAGUAUUCUCAGCGUGAAUCUUUGCGUGACCGUGGUGCAAUUCAAGUGUCGUAUUUGAUCUUUCGUCGCUUUGUGUCCAUUUUCGCGUCGGUGAUAUCGUUUCUAGCCUUAGGGACGGGUCCAGAGCCGAACAUCUCGGCAUCGACGGCAUUGAUCAUACUUGGAGUAAUCUCGAUCCUACCGUUGCCACUUGUGUUUCACUUCUGGAACGAAGACGCGUAUUCGCUCAACGCGUCAGCAAAGACUCGCUGUCGGACUCUGUGGAAGAUCAUGCAGCAGAAAGCUGUGUGGCGAAUAUUUGCCUUUAUUUCUUUUUUCACGCUGUUCCUGGGCAUCAAGUUUAGCGACUCGAUGAAUGUCGUUACCAAGUGGGCAGGUGCCAAUAAGGAUAACUCAUUGCUCGUGAUGAUUAGUCAAGACUUUGUGAUGAUUGGUACCUUGCUAGUAUGGCGCUACGUGUUCAUGAAUCGGCUGUGGUCGAUAUUCUUUGCAUUGGCGCCAGCUUUUCAGAUCCUACCCAACCUUUUCGUGUCACUUAUGGUCGCACUGGAUGUGGUGCGCAACCGGUACUUCUACCGAGUUUUCUAUACCGUGACGUACGUUGCGGAUGGUAUGGGUCUAUUAAAUACUCUUGUCCCCAUAACGGAGAUUGUUCAAGAGGGCUUGGAAGGUUCUUUGGUGGGUCUCACGUUUACUUUGCAACGUUGUGUAACAACGUUUGUUCAUACAAAUGUUCAAGGUACUUUUGAUGGAAUCAACUACUUUAGCAAGGUCAAAGUAGCUGCUGACACGUCCGACGCGCGUUGGGACGUUUUGCUGUCACUGUUUCUUAACUUUACGUUAAAUGCUUUGGCGUGGGUUGGACUCUUUUACCUUCCUUCUCAAAAGCUUGAUACCCAGCAGUUACGUAUGUAUGGCGGGUUUACGAAGGGUGCUAGUGGUGGAAUCUGUCUAUUGUGUCUCGUACUAUUCCUCUAUUCGUUAGUUGUUACCAUCAUGACGCUUAUUCCAACGACCUCGUGCCUCACUUUUGUCGGUGGCUUAGGCUGCUAA